GCCUUCCAUUAGAUCUUCCUUGUACAGGUGAAAAGCCUUUCCCAAAGCUCAUAUUCUAUUGCUAUUUAGGGAGAGGUGUCUUGGAAGGAAACAUCCCAGCUCUGCCACCUCUUGUUCCUCUCCUGAGAAAAAAACAACUCCCCAGCAGCCUUUGGGACGGUUUUUUUUUUUUUUUAAUAGGGUCUUGUAUAGUUCAGUUUGGCCUGAACUUUCUUUGUAGCAGAGGUUGGUCUCCUAUGUGUUGGCCUUUGGGAAUUUCAUUUUAGAAUGGGUAAGAGGGAACAACUUCUUGUAUAGUGAGCCAGUAGGUUACUGUCAAGCUGUUUUCUUCUGGGCUUGGGGAAUGAGAGCCAGAAGUUGGACUUGAUCCUCCUGGGGGUUGCCUUGGUCAUCUUGAUCAGGGUUCUUGUGAACCAAAGUAGAAUCCUUUUGGUUGUUUUCCAAGUUGUUUGUGGCAGGGGGAUGUUGAAACUGAAAAACUGGUAACUUGAGUCCAUCCACAGCCAUAAAAUGAGAUCCUCACUUCCUCCUAGCCUACCUGCUUAUAAAUUGUAAGGCAGAGCUGGGGAAUCCCAUUGCCAGUCACACUAAGAAAGGUUAGGCCACUAGGAUAAAGGUAGACCAGAAGAGCAUGGUGUUGCAUCUGUGUUGAGGAAGUCUCUAGACUGAAGUACUUGCUCUUUCCCAACCCUGUCUUUGUUGAAAUGUAUUAGGUACAGGUCACUGCCAGGGAUCAAGUGCUGGUACUUCCUUAACAUCCAGAGUAGCCUCACCAGGAAACAUAAGGACCAAAGGCACUUUUCUUCUUUUGGUUUUUCUAGACAGGGUUUCUCUGUGUAACAACCCUAGAUGUCCUGGAACAUACUCUGUAGACCAGGCUGCCCUCUGUAGACCUGCCUCUGCCUCCUGAGUGUUGGGAUUAAAGGCAUAUGCCACUGUGCCUGGACCAAAGGCACUUUUGAGGGCUUGAGGCAUUGACAAUAUGUGUGAAACACUUCAGGAUUAACCUCUGCUGUUCCUGGAGGUGACAGUUUGUCUGGGGCCCGGAACAUGAGGGGUGGGCAUGUCCUUUGCAUUCUCUCCCAUCCCAGCUUUGUUAGGCUUCUCUGACUGGGUGUGACCUAAAGCUGGGUUUGCUUGCUUGGCCACCUUUCACUCUUCUUUGGUGUGUGAGUUGAGGGGGCUCUAUUCUAGAACAUUGUUCUGUUUAUCAGAACCCAAACCCACUGGGAAUGCAGCUCCCAUUUCUUUAUAGAGCAGUUAGAACCCCUGGCUGGCAGUUCUUAGCCACAGUUUUUACCAGUUGGAGGUCACUGAGGCCAAGGUACUCACUGGCGUGGCAUGGCCUCGGCUAACCGACUUGCAGCCUGAAGACCCCUUCCUCUGGGCCUGCCACUGUAUCACGGGUACUGGAGGAAGUUCCGCUGGCCAGAGGUCAAUGGGAAAGCUUCCCCCUCGCAGUGUGGCCUGGGCCUAUGCUAACUUCUUAGGAGACCUAGGGGACUGCCAGUGGAGGGCAGAUGGUAGAAGUUGACCCUGUGACUGGUGUAGAUACACCACCAGACUCUCCUUGCUGUAACUUGGCAGAGGUCAGCCUGGUGGGCCUCAUGUAGUAAGGGAGGAUCACUGGCUGGGAUGGGCAGGCAACCAGGUAAUGGAGAUGCUUUACCUUUUCCAGUGCUGUAGGGGGGUGGGGAGGUGGAGCGUUAAGGUAGGGGCUGACUCUGAAGUGUGUGUGAGAAGGUCUUUGAGAUUUGUAGAGAGGUUCCUAAAGUGAAUGAAUCACGUGGGAUUCACUGCCCUGAAGGCGGGUAUGAAAGAUGCCACAGAUUUGAUGUUAACAGCACCCUACCCCCACCCCCAGCUUAACUAAGUAGAAAUCCUGCUGAGAAGAGACCAGGGACUGCUUGUGCAGGGGAGAUGCAGUCCUACUCCUCCCUACUUCUUAAAAAGAGGUGAUGGAAUCACUGGUCAUAGGGGUCCCGCCCCUGCCCUGCCCUGCCCCGCCUUCCAUGCAGUGGAUGAGCCCUGUGUAAACCCUCCCCUUGGAGCCUGAGAGGCUUGGGAAGGAGGGAGGGCUCAUUUGGUGGUGGGGCUCCGGCAAGGGUACUUAACUAUGCAGGAGGGGAGGCCAGUGGAGACAGUAGCUCUCAGCUGCACUCUGGCUCAUCCUGCAGACAUGCACCAGCGGCAGCCGGGCUCGUCUCUGGGCCUCGCCCCCGCGCAGGGGCUUUGAAUGCAGCCACCCCCAUGAGAACACUGGCCUGGGCUCCCAUCCCUAAGCCUCUGGCUGUAGAGACUGAGCUAUGUGGGCCUGGGCUUGGGCCACAGCAGCCCUCCUCUGGCUACAGACUGCAGGAGUGGGGGCACGGCAGGAACCCAAGAGGCCUCAGCAGCUGGCUGUUCAUGUGGAGUCCCCUAAUAUUACCACACCCAACCACAAGAGAUUGCCAGGCUCCUUCAAGGACAGAGACCAAGGGCCUGGUGUUCAGUACACUAGCCUUGCUUCUCUGGCUUUUAAGCCACCAGAGGCCUCUGGACCUGAGCUCUCAGAUGCCCACAUGACAUGGCUGAACUUUGUCCGCCGACCAGAUGAUGGGGCCUCUAGAAAACGGUGCCGUGGCCGGGAUAAGUCGAGAGGCCUCUCGGGUCUCCCAGGGCUCCCGGGACCCCCUGGCCCUCCUGGUCCCCCUGGUUCCCCUGGUAUGGAAGUCACCCCAGAGGCCUUGCUACAGGAAUUUCAGGAGAUGCUGAAAGAGGCCACGAAACUUCGAUUCUCAGGGCUACCAGAUACAUUGUUACCCCAGGAACCCAGCCAGCGGCUGGUGGUUGAGGCCUUCCACUGCCGCUUGAAAGGCCCCGUGCUAGUGGACAAGAAGACACUGGUGGAACUACAAGGAUUCCAGGCGCCUACUGCCCAGGGCGCCUUCCUGCGGGGAUCUGGCCUGAACCUGACCUUGGGCAGAUUCACAGCCCCAGUCUCGGCCAUUUUCCAGUUUUCUGCCAGUCUGCACGUGGACCGCAGUGAACUACAGGGCAGAGGCCGGUUGCGUACCCGGGACACUGUUCGUGUCCUCAUCUGUAUUGAGUCCCUGUGCCAUCACCACACGUCCUUGGAGGCUGUAUCAGGCCUGGAGAGCAACAGCAGGGUCUUCACAGUGCAAGUUCAAGGGCUGCUGCAGCUACAGUCUGGACAGUAUGUCUCUGUGUUUGUGGAUAACAGUUCUGGAGCAGUCCUCACCAUCCAGAACAGCUCCAGUUUCUCCGGAGUGCUUUUGGGUACAUAGGGGAGCUGAAGAGAUGAUGACUGAGGAGCCAACGCCUUGCUUCUUAGAGGAGCUGCAAAGGUCUGCUCCCCAGUUAAUAGUUGUCAUAGCAAUAAAGAUCUCCAGAUUUCUCCA